UUGGUACGUUUUGUUUUUUUCGAAUCUUAAAACAAAUUAUUGACGCGCAUAAACCUCCUUUUUGUGAUUACGUACAUAGAUGGACUGUAUUCAUAAUUUACGAAACUGAAAAGGAAGAAGAAAUACGAGCAUUCUGUCUCCCUCCUGAAAAAUGUCUAAUGACGUCAGACUCAUUCCCACAAUGCCUAGUAACACGCAUGCGCAUAGCAAAAAGAAAAAGACAGCAAUCGGAGAUCAGAGAUGGCGGGCGCCUCCGACACUCUGGAAGAUAUGCUCUCUUCCGAGGUGGACGAGAAGGCUGUGAGUGACUUGGUGGGCUCCCUGGAGUCUCAGCUGGCCGGUCAGAGCAACUCGGGGGGCAAAACCGACGAUAGCCGAGGCGCUGGCUCAGUUGCCCCCGCUAACCAUCACUUGGGGAAAACGCUACCAGCUCCGGUGGGCUGCACAACACUAGAUCAACAACAACAAGGGCGCCGUAAUAAAACCGACCUGCAACAGGAUUUAAACUCCACGGAAAAAACUGUCACACCUCCUUUCCAGAGCAGCACCCUUUCCUCCGGUGAGACUGCUGCAUCCCCCACCAGUAACAGCGGGUCGCAAUCACAUGGCGCAUCCAUCACAACACUGCCCGUGUCCGGCGUGUCAACUUCCCCGCCGGCCAGCAGCAUCAGCAUCGCCGCUACCCCUGGUGGCCCCACGAAGGCUUCCCCGGACUCAGGUGAGCCUCACGCGGACGCUUCAAAACGACGCCUCGCCAGCCCGCGACGGAGCGCCUCUGCUCGGAUCAAGAGUUUGAACGGUGCCGCCGUAACCACCCGAGGAAACAGCACUGGCAGCAGUCCCGCGGCGGGGGGCGACGACGCUUGCGAUAGCCCCGCGGACUGCGGACCGGCGAGCACCGCAGCCAUCAAUACGUCGACGUUCACCCUUGCCAAUGCCAGCCUACCUGCGGGUCAGUCGGCCAUCGCCUUGGACCGGGGCACCCCCACAAUCGCCUUGCACAGACUACCCAGUCACAUUGUGGCCGGCAUUGCCCAGAACGGGACCAGCGUGUCAGCAUUGGCCCAGCAAGGUGCCCAAACGCCCCCUGUCACCUCGCCCCCUGCACAGGCGAACCACAGUAAAAUCGCCUCGGACUCUGCAGAGGCUCCCGGCGAAUGUCAGUCCAAAAGUGUCACCACGAGCUCUGUCAUAAACACUGUUUCCUCCGUUGCCGUGACAACAACACCCACCUCCAGCUCGACCACAGUAGCUCAACCUUUAACUACAACUGCUACGACCACCACCUCCACCACCACCACACCAGCCGCCACAGUGACAACAAGCUGCACUGGUGUUCAGAUUACAUCAGUGACCACCACUAUCAGCACGGUCCGGCCCACCAUCACCGCCCCCGCCAUCCCUGCCCCCCCGCCACCCGCCAUCCUACUGCCCCCGCCAUCCCCGCUGCAGCCUCACCAACCACACAGACCCCCUAACCGGACCGGUUUGGCUGCACCUCAGAGGAUCGUUGCACCCCAGCUCAUUGUCAGACCGCCACAGCAGCAGACCACCAUUCAGCUGCCACCUGGGUUCACCAUUCCGUCUGGCAUGGUGCUGGUACGGACCGAGCUGGGCCAACUGGUGUUGGUUCCUCAGCAGGCUUUGGCUCAAGCUCAGGCGCAGGCACAAGCGCAGGCACAGGGUCAGGCACAGGCCCAGAAUAACAUCUCUCCGCGACCUGUCACUCCCACUACUGGGGCGUCCUUCAGAGUCAGCACUCCACAGUCUACAGCAACCUCACAGACCACCAGGCAGUGUGCCCUGACCCCGGCCAAGGUGGCACCGUCUCCCUCUCCUGCUCCUUCCAGCCCUGCCCUCCAGACCACCUCCUCCUCCUCCUCUUCUUCUUCCUCUACUUCUUCCUUCGUUACAUCCUGUCCCGCACUACGCCCAAAGGGCCCCGCGGCGCCGGCCGUGGCGGUGACGGCUCCGCAGCAAACCCCCGUGGUUUCCACACCCCAGGCCCUGCCGGCCCAGGCUGCCUCACAACCCCCGCAGACGACGGGCAUCGCCGUGGCCCCUGGAGCUCCUGUUGUGUCCCAGGAAAUGCAGGAAAACGUGAAAAAGUGUAAAAACUUCCUAGCCACACUCAUCAAGCUGGCAUCACACAACUCCCCGUCACCUGAAACCUCCAAGAACGUCAAAGCUCUUGUGCAAGACCUGCUGGAUGCCAAAAUUGAGCCGGAGGAGUUCACUAGCCGGCUGCAGACGGAGCUCAAGUCGUCGCCACAGCCUUACCUGGUACCUUUCCUUAAGAAGAGCCUCCCGGCCCUGCGGCUGUCUUUGCUUAACAGUCAGCAGUCCUUGACCCAGCCACUGCAGCAGGGCAUCAAACCAGCAGUGCCCAUUGUGAGCGGGCCGGCCGUCCACGUACGUCCCCCGAACAGCGCCGGGGCCACGGGUGCCAGCGCGCUGCCCCAUGGGACGAUCGGCCAUGCAGCCGCCGCGGGUAUGAAGACCACAGGCCCCAUGGGCGGACAAGUCCGAAUGCCUGUGAUGAUCACACAGUCCAUGAGAGCUCAAGGCACAAUGGGGAAGGUGGGCACUUUCCAAGCAGGGAGGAGUCCGGUGGGCUUGGCUGUCCAGAUCUCCGGCAACCAAAAAAACAAGCUCAACGACCCCGGAGGAGGCUCUUUCAGGGAUGACGACGACAUCAACGACGUGGCCUCCAUGGCGGGCGUUAAUCUGAACGAGGAGAGCGCCCGCAUACUCGCCACCAACUCGGAGCUGGUCGGCACGCAGAUUCGUUCGUGCAAGGAUGAAGCCUUCCUGCACCCUGGGCUCCUCCACCGACGCGUCCUGGAAACAGCCAAGAAGUUUGGUGUCAUGGAGGUGCCCAUGGAGGUCGUGAUGUUUAUAUCGCACGCCGCACAGUCGCGACUUCGCACAGUCGUUGAAAAGGUUUCGGCCAUCGCGCAGCACAGACUGGACUCCUGCAAGGACGAUGAAUGCUACGAGCAGUCGGCCGACGUGCGUUCUCAGCUGCGCUUCUUCGAACAGCUAGAGAGGAUGGAAAAGGCGAGGAAGGACGAGCAGGAGAGAGAGAUCCUCUUGAAAGCCGCCAAGAGUCGCUCCAGGCAAGAGGACCCAGAGCAAGCUCGACUGAAACAGAAAGCCAAGGAGAUGCAGCAACAGGAACUGGCCCAAAUGAGGCAGCGUGACGCUAACCUCACGGCACUAGCGGCAAUCGGACCCCGCAAAAAACGCAAGGUGGACUCUCCGGGUGCCACCCCAUCAGGGACUGAGCUCUCGGGCAGCGCUGCGGGAUCGCCGGCCGGGUCGUCGUCCACGCCCUCGUCGUCGUCUCGCCAGUACGCCCGCCAGCGCAUCACCCGCGUCAACCUCAGGGACUUCAUCUUCUACAUGGAGCAGGAGCGAGACACGGCCCAUUCGCUGCUGCUCUACCGCGCCCUCCUCAAGUAGCCGCCGCCUCCUCUUCCUCCUCUUGCCACGUGCCUUCAGAUCAGGUGUCAGCUCGGUGUCUCCAUACGUCGUCAAUCGGCUUCCAUAUUCACGAAAGGAAAACGGUAGGAAGAAAAUGUCACCCAAAACGGCUUCCUUUGCGUUUUUGCCGUCUUGCUUUUAGCAUUCGCGUGAAACAUUUUAACAGUCCAUCGAGUCCAAGUCAGGCUUGAGGUUUAUCGACCACAUGUCAGUCUAGCAGAUUUCAACAACACAUUUCCCUCACCGUAAAUGUAAAUAGUUGGGUUACAUUUUUAUUUAAAACGUUUUUUGGGGGGGUCAGUUGACAUGAAUGCGUAUGAGUAUUAUGAAAGUGAACAUUUUAGAUCCGUUUUACGAAAGUGUACGAGGGCCAGACUGAUGACCACAAUAGUUUUUCUUUGAAAAGUUGUAAUGUUAUGGGAAUACAAGGUCCUUUUUAUUUGAAAGUACAACUCACCCCUGUGAGUCACCCUCCCGACCACAGAAAUGACACUUUAAUGUAAAUUAAUCGUUAGAUAGCUUGAAGUCAAUUUUUUGUUUUCUCAAAAUAAUUCCUCACACAGCCGUUAAUGUCGGACCUGCUGACAAAAAAGGAAAAAAAAAGUGAGUACACCCCUAAGUCAAAAUUGUUUGUAUGCCCGUCCGUCGUCAUGUCACCGGAAUCCUUGUCCGCUACUCCAUGACGCAGCUGGCCGAUGUACGAGACCGUGUGCUCGUCCACCUUUAAGGUCUGGAGACCUGUUUUGGCCAGUUCAAGUUUACUACCCGCAGUGGUGGUCCUGAAAGUGUGUUUAGAGUAAUUCUCAUGUUGGAAUAAUACCUUGGGCUCCAGACAAUGUUGUUCCCAACACGCUCGAGGUUAUUCACCAAAAAAACAAAUUAUUGGUCUCGUCAGACCACAGAACAUGGUUCUGAUAAUUUCAUGUCCUUCGUCUGCUAUCUUCAUCAACCAGCAGCAGUUAUUAUGCAACAGAUUUAGAAGUGGCUUUAUUUUCGGACGACAGCCAAUUUGAGGCCUUUUUUUUUUUAUGGUCCGUUUUCAUCAGAUCCUCAGAGCUCUUUGACACAAGGUGCCAUUUUGAACUUCCCUUGAACAGCAUGGGCAAAUUUAACGCACCUGCCACUCAUUCAUUCGUAAAACGUUGCCACACCAAGUGUCACAUGACAUGGGAGUGGGGGGCGGGGCUAAUCCAAAUUGCAAAUUUUCACUGUGGGGUGUGCUUACUUUUGUAUUCUGUGGUUUAGAAAACAAUGGCUGAGUGUCAAGUGAAAAAGAAUUUAAGAAAACAAAAAUAUCAGGGCCGUAUGCUAUUGUACUGUAUGUCACGUUAAAAAUGAAAACUGGAUUGUUAAGAGUGGGCGUAUUUUUUCCCACAAAACAAGCAUUAUAAAUUGAGCAUUUUUUUCUGAGAACUAAUAAUGAACUUUGCAUUUUAAGUCUUUCUAGCUUCUUUGUCAAAACGUUUAAUUUUUUUCUAAAACGUUCUAAAAAAAUGUGUCAUUUGUGUUAUUUUGUGACAAAGGAUAUCAAGUUUUUCCCUUAUUAAAGACUUUGCUCCAUCCACCUAAAAUGAAAUGUUAUUUAAUUUCAUAAUGUAAUUUGUGACAGAGACAUUUAAAAUCACAAAAAAAAGGAUCUAAUGAAAGUUGUUGUUUUUAAAACAAAACUUACUGUCAUUCCAGAAAAGAAAACAAAAUCUGUUUUACUUGUUAUGCACUUUUUAAAAAUAAUAUUAUGUAAAACUUUUUUCCUCGAGUCCUCAGACUUUAUUUUCAUAACAUUACAACUGUAUUCUAUUUUCUUUUUUUUUUUAAUCAUUUCAGCGGCUUCAAUACGCCUUCGUACACUUUUAUUUUGUUCACCUGUUAGUGUUUGUUACCAGACGGGCCCGUUGCCAUAGUUACAAGUUCAACCCACACACUUUGAUUUUAUGACUGCAGACGUGUGCAGUUUGUGCAAAUGUUUGAAGAACAAAACAACAACAAAAAAAGAAUGUUUCAAGUCUAUCAAGUGUUGAGUGAGGCAUUCAGGCUUGUUGUUACACAUGAUCUUGUAUUGUUAAACUAUUUUAUAAAUGUAUAAACACAGAAUCAUUCUUGUACGUUGAUGUACGUCGUUUGUUUUCAUGACUGAUAACUUAAUGUAAUAUCUCGGCCUAUGCAGUUUUUGUCUUUGGAAGAAAUGAAAUAUUUCAAACCGUAGGUUGCGCUCUGUUGUGAGUUUUGACAGCACUUUUAUUAUAUAUAUUUUUAAGUCCCCGUUUUAGCUGACAACUUCAAGCUGCCUGUUUAAUAUUGCUCAGAAAUUUCAACUGUUAAAACACAAUUGAUCUUGUCAACUGUCAAAAACAUUUUGCAUUUUGUUUUCAUUUCAUAAGUUGGCUUUUAUGCACUUUUCCUCUAUUUUCUGCUCUUUGACAAGCACAACAGCAACAAUCUUGACUGAUUAUUAAUAUUUGUUUUCUUUUUUUUUGAUAAUAACAAUCUCAUUUGCUUUUAGCAUUUUUACCGUUUGCAGUUUUUUUUUUGCCAAAAACUUAGGACAAUAUUAAAAAGAAAACAAAACAAAAAAAA